AAACAGCAGCAUCCUCAUCACCAUCGGACGCCAGCGAUACAGGAAGCCCUAUAAGAUAUGUUCCAGCCCUGAUGGCGCAGUCGGGGCUUUUCCAGACGAGGGCUUCCCCGACGAGGGCUUCCCCGACGGAGGUGCAGCCUCUGGAGCUGGAUGUCCUCGGCUUCCUCGAACAGUUUGGGGAGGAAAACAGCACAGCAGAAAAAUGUUUCCGCUCACACUCCCGCAGCAGCGUCCUCCAGGGUCUGCCGUUUGGUGGGGUGCCCACAGUACUCGCCAUCAACGUGGUGCUGUGGAUGUUUUUGUUGCUUGUCUUUUCUUGUCUGAGGAAAGCUGCGUGGGACUACGGCCGCCUGGCUCUGCUGAUGGAGAAUGACAGUCUCACAUCCCUGUUUUAUGGAGAACCAAGUGAGAAGGAGAAGUCUCCUUCAGAGUCCAGCCCCUCAGACUCUGACACCAAAGACUUGGGCUUCUGCUCGUGGCUUUCAUCUCUUUACCAUAUGAAGGACGAGGAGAUCCGUAGCAAAUGUGGCAUUGACGCUGUCACAUACCUGUCCUUCCAGCGCCACAUCGUCCUGCUCAUGACAGUGGUUUCCCUGCUGUCUUUGGCCGUGAUCCUGCCCGUCAACUUUUCCGGAAACCUCCUGGGAGACAGUCCUGAAAACUUUGGAAGAACAACACUGGCUAAUGUUAGUGCAAAGGACAGCUUUCUGUGGCUGCACAGCAUCUUUGCUCUGGUUUACUUCAUCAUCACAUUGCUGUGCAUGGCUCACCACUCGAUGCGGCUCGACUACAGAGAAGACGAGAAGGUAGCCAGGACACUGAUGAUUACCUCCGUACCCAGAGACAUCUCCGACCCUGGACUCAUCACCAAACACUUCCAUGAGGCCUACCCUAGUUGCACUGUGACCGACAUCCGCUUUUGCUACGACGUCCACAAGCUGAUGAAGCUGGACUUGGAGAGGCGCAAGGCGAUGAAAGGCAGGCUGUAUUUCGCUACAAAGUCCCAAAAGGAGGGGAAGAUCAUGAUCAAGACCCAUCCAUGCGCUCAGAUAUUCUGCUGUGACAGCUGUGGCUUUGAAAAGGUGGAUGCAGAGCAGUACUACGGCGAAUUAGAGGAGAAGCGGACGGAUGAAUUCAAUGCGGAAAAGAACCGCAUCUCCAUGAAGCGGCUGGGCAUCGCCUUCGUGACUUUCCGUGACGAGAGGAUGACAGCCGUCAUUGUGAAGGACUAUAGUCGUGUGCACUGUCGUCGCAGACCCCAGCAGUCUAGCAUCACUACUGUGGUCCAGUCGCACAAUUGGGGCGUGGAUUACGCACCUGCUCCUAGUGACAUCAUCUGGGAGAACCUGUCAGUAUGUGGGUCUCGCUGGUGGCUCCGCUGCGUCCUUCUCAACAUCCUCCUCUUCCUGCUGCUCUUCUUUCUCACCACUCCCGCCAUCAUUGUCAACACCAUGGACAAGUUCAACGUUACAAGGCCUGUGGAGAGUUUGAGGAGUCCAGUCAUUACCCAGUUCUUUCCAACGCUGUUGCUGUGGGCGUUUUCGGUGUUCCUGCCCUUCAUCGUCUACUACUCUGCCUUCUUUGAGUCCCAUUGGACCAGAACUGGUGAGAACCAAGUUACAAUGCACAAGUGUUUUUUACUUCUGGUAUUCAUGGUCAUCAUCCUCCCCUCACUUGGUCUGUCGAGUCUUGACCUCUUCUUCACUUGGCUCUUCGAUGUCAACUUUCUGGAUGAGAAGGAUGUCAAAUUCCAGUGUGUUUUUCUCCCUGACAACGGGGCGUUUUUUGUAAACUACGUGAUCACCUCCAGUCUGAUCGGCACAUCUAUGGAGCUGCUCCGCAUACCAGCCCUGACGGUGUACGCCCUCCGCCUCUGCUUCGCAAAGUCCCAGGCUGAGAGGAUCCAUGUGAAACGGAGUCAAGCGUAUGAGUUCCAGUUUGGCCUGCAGUAUGCCUGGACCAUGUGUAUCGUUGCUGUCAGUAUGACCUACAGCAUCACAUGUCCCAUCAUAACACCCUUUGGUCUGCUCUAUGUGAUUCUGAAGCACAUGGUAGACAGAUAUAACAUCUACUACGCGUACGUUCCCACCAAACUCAACCAACGCAUCCACAGAGCAGCCACCAGCCAGGUCAUCGUGGCUCCCAUCCUCUGCAUGUUCUGGCUGCUCUUCUUCUCUGUGCUCAGAUUAGGUCCAUUGCAUCCCAUCACCCUCUUCACCUUAGCAUCCCUGAUCUCCUGUGUUGCCUGUUACCUCUUCCGCUUGUGCCUUAGGAAGUCACCGGACAAAUCAACAAGCUACCAGAUGACAGAGGGGCCGGCAGAGGGGACAUUCCCAGAUCCAGACAGAAAUACUGUGACCACCACAGCCUCCAAUCUGUUUGUGGCCUCCGUGUUGCUUGAACCAGAGCUGGCUUUGACUCCAAUGCCCUCCCCAGCGCACCAUGGAUACGGUGCCAUGGCCCCCUCCCAAGGUUCAAGUCAAGGCCCAGCGGCAGGAGAGGAGGGGGAGGAGGAGGAGAACCGCGCCCAGACCCAUGAGACUGAGCUCCAAGACCCUGCAGACCCCUACAGCUCCAGCCCACUCAUGGACAGCCCCGUAGGCUACCAGUAACACCAACCCCCCCCCCAACAAGACUCAUUUUCACUUGUCUUUUAGCUGGUGAAGACAGAUGAUUAAAUGCUGCAAUGGUGCAUUUUCACCACUGUUCCCAGACUCUAACUUAGAUGCCUAGGCACUGAGUCUAGAUCGGGCUUGUUUGAAGUUAUGAGGAACCUAAAACGGAAAGAGUUUGAGAAUACAGAAGCUGAAAUAACAAAAAAACGUCACAUUAAUAAACAGUUUGCCAGAACAUUGCUUGAAUUUGUCUCACAGACGUAUCACUCUCAACAGACAAAACAUUAGCUUACAGCUUACAGAUUAUUCCAGUUUAAUGAUGAAAUGCCCAAAGAUUCUGUGGCUUCAUUUGCAAGUCAAAGAUGCUAAAAGUAACGGUAGUGGAUUGAUUGUUGAGCUCUAUCAGCGAGACACUAUGCCAUUUGGAUAUGAGCGGAGGUGAAAGUUCCCAUGGGAGUGGGUGGUGUGAGCAGGCUUGCCCCGGCAGACUGACAGAGUGGUCUGGGCACGGGUGAUAUCUGGUUCUUUGGUGAGGCUGAGGGUGAGGGCAGCUCGUUGUGAAGCCAUCUGCAGCAAGAGAGCAGACAGACGGAGGAGCGAAUGUAACUCAGAUGUACUGUAAAAUAUGUACACUCUCUUCACAGAGGCAUUAACAGCUUCACUGAGCCUGAACCUCUUUGUAAUUACUUUCAACUUCAGGUUGCUAUUUUUGCUACAGUAUUUUUGUUGGUGUUGAUAUUGUGUUUUCGGUUGGGGCUGGAGAGCACUAGAUUUCUAGAGCCUUCCCUUCUCGGUGAGAUAUUACCUAAUUAUUCUGUUUGGACUGUGUACAUGUUGCAGCUGCAUUAUUCUUUUACAUUUUCAACUGUUUUACUAAUGAAUAUUGACUUGAAUGCUAAGGAGUUGCUGACUUACGUCGUUCCCUUUUACAGCCACCAAGUUUCAUAAAAGUUUAUUUUGGUAAAUUCUUAUUUGGUUUUGUUGUCAGAUAAAGAGACAAUCGCACAAAUCAAAGGGCACAGAAACUAUGAAUAGUUAAUGCACACAUAGCAGCUUUUAGCUUAACUUAGUACCAAGAACGGACACAGAGUGAAGCUGUUGGUCCAGAGCAGGGAACGGGACUCGUCGCGUUCCAUUAGUUCCAUUAGUUCCAUUAGAACUUUGAAGUCAGGGUUUCCAAGUUCCAAGCAUAGCCAACCAUCUAAUUUCUGCAUUGAAGCUGAUGCGGAACUAAGAUUCGUUGCUCUUCCUAGACUGACCGCUAUAAACUGACUGCAAGAGCAAGUCAAUUUCAAUUGGCCUCCAUAUUAAAAUGUCCAACUUUAGAACAGAAAUAAACAAAUUUAAAGCUUGGUUUAAAAAACUGUUUCGCUCUCAGUUGUCUGAUUUCAUAUCUAUGACAACUCUGAGCGGGGUGAAUUUUUUUGCACCACACCAGGAGAAUUUAUAUAAAGCAUUAAAUGUAUUUCUAAUAUGAUUGAUUGACAGUCGCCUCAGCAAAUGGCCAGCCGCUAUCCCUUCCUCUCACCUGUAAUCAUCAUGCUCGAGCGCUUAGUGAACCAACCACCCCUUUAUAUUAACCCAGCGUCGCUAAAUCCGACUGUCCUUUUUGAUUUGAAGUGGUAUAUUCUGCUGUAAAUAUCUGGCGGCAGCGUUGCAGAUAUUUUAGCAGUAAUCGACUGAAGGACCGGGGGCAGAGCUAACUUUGAUUGACCUACAGUGGACGUGUGUCCGUCAGCUUCCGACAUGGCGGCACCCUGCACAAAGAAAAACGAGCUUCAAAACCACUCUUCAGAAACCAAUGGGUCACAUGACUGAAUGCUUUGUCCAUCAUUUUAUAAAAUCUUAACUGGAACACCUCACUGAUUUCAAAAUUCAAACUUGAGAGCUAAGAAACCUCAACUUCAGAAUGAACGUGGCUGCUACACACGACAGCAAAAUAAACAGUUAAUUUAACUUUGUAUAACAUUAUGGUUUUAUUUUAUUCACUUUGAGUCAUGCACAUAGUAUAGUUCUCUUUUUAUCAGUUGGACAUGUUUCUACAUUGUUUGUAUAAACUCUGUGUACAGCCUUGUUUUGCUUUAGUGUAGCUGUAAGUAGUUUGUAAAGGUUAAAUUUCCGUCAAACUGGGUUUGAUGUCAUUCUGAGUUGCAACGUCUGAGGUAUAUGGAACACACUAUAUUUCUUGAGUGUUCCUAAUAACAUCCUGGAAAGUUGUUGCUAAGGUAAGCUAAAUGGCUGCUUUCGGUUAGCUGCACAUUUAGAUGACACACGCAAGACUAAUGUUAGAAUAGUCUUUUCAUCCAUAAACAAAGCAGUUCCAAAAAUGUUCAGUUUUAUGUUGUAAAAAGGUUUGAGGGGGAAAAAAACCCUUGAACAUUCUGGAAUUUCCUUUUGAAAACAUUUUGUGAAGGAUAACGAUGUGGAAACCUGAAAACAAUCUUAAUUUUCUGAUUUAUUAAAAUGUUAAAACUAACUUCAACCUGUUUCAAUUAGAUCCAUUAUCUCUACUUAUUUUAGUUUUACACGUUGUGACUUGUUUAGUUGUAUGAAUUUGUUUGGUGUUGGUCAUUUAUUUUUUUCGCAGAGGGAAUUUUUUUGUUAAUGUUGCUAAUACAGACAGAAGAAUUGACCACUACCAUGUUGCACCGAAGUUUCUGUUGCAUCUGUCUCACAGCUGCAUGUUAACUCUGUUAUUUAAAUGAAGUAUGGAUUAUAUCCUUACCCAUGUGUCUUAAUAUGUGCAUUUGCAAAAGUUUAGUGUUUUAUUUCCUUGCAGUGGUUUUUCUCAUGAAUCUGAAUGUCAGCUGGUCGAAGUUCGUUCGUCAUGUCUUCUGCUGUGCCUUGAAGGCUCGCCCCGUUUCUGUGUGACAAUCUAGCAUGGCCUGAAAUAUGCUGCAUGGACUGAAAACCUAAGAGAAGCAAACUAUUGAUAACAUGAAAAACACAACAACUACAUAAACAACAGAUUUGACUUUUUUCUGAUUAAACACAGUACGUGAACUGUUCAAAAUAAAACAACCACACAAGCGGUGAUCUCCUUUAUCUACAAGCUAAUCUACACACAAGGACAUCAUGCUGCCUUUUCAGUCUUCACAAAAUUAGUUUGCUCAGUUGUAUAAACCUUGGGAUGUUCAAGUUUUUCACUGUCAUGUGGGCUUGUAUGACAUGGAUAGAUGUAGAAAAUGUGUACAUAAAGUGAUGAAUCACAAGUGACCAGACCUCACCUGUUCACAAAGACCGAGAGAACGGAUCAAAAGCUCCAGAGAAACUGAGUAAUCUCAAGGUCCAGAGUGAGCUGACAAGCUGAAUUUGUGUCUUUACAUCACAGCAGUUGUGUUUCUUCUUUUUUUUUGUAUUGUGGCCUUGAUGGUGACUUGUUGAUUUAAAUCAGUAUCUUUUGAUUCCCUUUUGCUGUAUUUUUUUAAAUUUUAUUAUAAAGAUCAUAUAUGUAUGGCAAAGCUCUCUGUUAAGGACAUAA